AUGUGGAGUGUAGCUAAAAGAGAACAUCAAAGACCCAUAUUUGCCACAUUGGUCGUAACUGACGUUAAACCAGAAACUCCUGCUUCACCCGACAAGCUUCUCCUAGCACAACACUACAUCUCAAGAAUGACGACAAAAGCACCACGAAAACCACUUCUGAUGAAACUUCCUGAUUCGGACUCUGUAAAAAAUGACUUUUUUAAGUUUUCAGAGUUUGUAGACCCGUCAGGAAAGCUUAAUUUUAAUGGUAAAGCAAUCAUACAUGCCCAAGGAGUGGAUUUUAGCAAUGGCACCAGUUACAAGAUUAAUAUGCAAGAAUUAAAGGUAAUGGAAGAAAUUGGAAAAGGACAAUAUGGAACAGUACAAAAAGUAUUCCAUAUACCUACCAAUGUUACAAUGGCUAUGAAGGAAAUCCGCCUUGAACUUGAUCAAGCAAAAUUGAAACAAAUAUUAAUGGAGCUGGAUAUUCUCCAUAAAGCUAAAAGUGAAUAUAUUGUAGAUUUUUACGGAGCUUUUUUCAUCGAAUCUUGUGUAUAUUAUUGUAUGGAGUAUAUGGAUGCUGGAUCAUUAGAUAAAUUAUAUGGAAAUGGAGUACCUGAAGAUGUACUUGCAAAAAUUACAAAUUCUAUGGUAAAAGGGUUAUCAUUCUUGAAAGAUAAGUUGAAUAUCAUUCAUCGUGAUGUAAAACCCACAAACGUUCUUGUAAAUAGAGCAGGUGAGGUAAAGCUGUGCGAUUUUGGAGUAUCCGGUCAAUUGACACAAUCACUUGCGAAAACUAAUAUUGGGUGUCAAAGUUAUAUGGCGCCUGAACGGAUACAUAGCAGUGAAGCUAGCACAUACACCGUGCAAUCAGAUGUUUGGUCUCUUGGAUUAGCCAUGGUUGAACUUGGAACCGGAAAAUAUCCAUAUCCUGUUCCGGAUAAGAAUGAACAAAUUAGUAUGUUUGUUCAGUUAAAUGCUAUCGUCACAGGAACACCACCAUCGCUACCUGAGGACAAAUUCUCAGAAGAAUGUCGAGAUUUUGUAGCUCAAUGUUUAAGUAAACGUCCUCAAGAUCGUCCUACAUACAAGCAGUUAUUGGCCCAUACUUUCUUAGUAAAAUAUGAAGAGCUAGAAGUAGACAUGAAAUCAUGGGUAGAGCAAGCAUUAUCUUUAAGGAAGAAUGAAGAGAAUGAACAGAAUGAACCAUAG